AUGUCCAAUAUCAACCAGCUCCACAAGAAUGGAGCUGUCCUAAUCCUGGAAUCGCUCGCAGCGGGCACAUUCAUUUACGUCACCUUUCUUGAGGUAUUGGCUCAAGAGAAAGACAAUGGACAAAAUAGUCUCAAGCAGCUACUAGCAAUUUUUAUCGGAUUUGCAGUAGUUGCCGGUAUACAAAUAGCUUUUGGGUAAGU